AUGGCUCCCUUCGAUCUCGACGCAUGCAUCGCACAAUUACUCCGCAAACAACUUCUCCACGAGGCCCUCUUACGCGAAAUAUGCGCGAAGACAAAGGAGGUCCUAAUGCGCGAGUCCAAUGUCGUGCACGUUAGCGCGCCGGUUACCGUGGUGGGCGAUAUUCAUGGCCAGUUCUACGACCUCAUAGAAAUCUUUCGCAUAGGUGGACAUGCACCACACACAAACUACCUCUUCCUCGGAGAUUAUGUGGACCGCGGACUCUUCAGCGUCGAGACAAUAUCGCUAUUGACUUGCCUCAAAUUGCGGUGGCCUGAUAGAGUGCAGCUUAUUCGAGGGAAUCACGAGUCCAGGGCGGUCACCCAGACAUACGGCUUCUACACCGAAUGUGUACGGAAAUACGGCGGUUCCCAUGUCUGGACAUACUUCACGGACAUGUUCGACUUCCUCACCCUUUCCGUAGUCAUCGACGACAAAAUAUUCUGCGUACAUGGAGGACUAUCCCCUUCAAUACAUUCCAUAGACCAAAUCAAGGUAGUGGAUCGAUUUCGAGAGAUCCCGCACGAAGGUCCCAUGGCAGACCUCGUGUGGUCAGAUCCUGACCCAGAAAAGGAAGACUUCGCAAUAUCUCCACGGGGUGCCGGCUAUACCUUCGGGUCGGGGGUGGUCUACAAGUUCCUGGAGACGAACCAGAUGUCACAUAUCCUCCGCGCGCACCAGUUGUGUAUGGAGGGCUAUACUUCCCUGUUCGAUGAGCACCUCUCGACCGUAUGGUCGGCGCCGAACUACUGCUACCGCUGUGGGAACUCCGCUAGCAUACUGGAGGUGUCCCCGGGCGGCCAGAUGUACUUCAACGUGUUUCAGGCUGCGCCGGAGAACGAGCGGGACGGGCCGAGCCAUCAGGCAGCGCAGAACGCAGGAGGGAAGUUGCCAGAGUACUUCCUGUAACAUAUGUCAUGCACCAUACCCCUUCGCGGUGCGCAGCGGCCCCGACGACCUGGCGCGCGCUCGCGCUGUAUACAGUAGAUACGGCGUUCACGAUGAUAGUUGUACAUUAAUGGGAGACGACGCGCCCGUGCGACCGCUAGCAGUGUGGUGUGUCUUACACGGUCGGGCGUCCCUGCAUCCGCCCCGCCCAGCCAGUUUACGCCCUGCCCAGAUCCACUAGCUCCUCGCCAUGCCGAUAGCUGCGCCCGCGCGCGAUCCCUUAUUGAGUCGCCACACGACGACCACGGCAUCGACUGUACAUGGUGCGAACCGACCAGCGAACCUCGAAGCUCAUGGUGCUUUGCUCGAACAGGCCAAUGAAACACGCCGCGAGAGGAUGAUACAUGACGGCACGAUCGUACACUGCCAGCGCCAGAGUACAAGGCCGACGCGAACACGUUCCAAGGCCCGUAUCCUCGUGUCGUCGGCGCACU